AUGACCCAAGCUGUCUUUGAGCCGCUCAAGGCAGCGCACCUUGUGAUAGAAUUGCGGGGGUGGGGGUGGGCUCCAUGUCCCUCAAUCAUCUCGAACGGCUUUCUAAGCUGCCGCGGGGACGUCGAGCAGAUCCCCCCCUGUCCCUUCUCCACACACAAUGCCGGCCACGCGGACGCUUGUCACUUCUUAUUGGGAGGACUUCUCCUCUUUUUGCUCCUCACGGCCGGCUCCAGAGAGUCCCGGGAGUUUCGCAAACUACACACACCUGUCAAGACACAGCACCGAGCCUCACCAGACGAGCUUGCGGUAUCGGCCAUGUCAAAACGCAGCUGGUCGGAUGCCAACGAGGGCAUGGAAUUCAUGACGCUGAUCACGGCUGGAAAUGGCGAGCAGUCCUUUCCGCAGAUAUCUCGGAAAAUCAAGGCGUGUGCGGCGUGCCGAAAACACAAGAUAAAAUGUCUGAUGGACGAGAGUGGCCCUCCAUGCCGUCGAUGCGCUGAACGAAAUCUGGGUUGCGUCUUGGGGAAGAACUUGCAAAGCAUAAUCGACGAGAAGACUCAGUACAACGAAGCCGUUUUCCAAGACAUCGAGAACCUGCACAACACACUCAAGGAAGUCUCCAAGAAAGUCGGUCUACCCGAACCCGCUGCUCUACAAUGUUCGGCGCUGCAGAAGUCCGCAGUAUCGCCCUCACAGCCAAUCCGUUCGGUCCAUGGCGUGAGCGGGAACGGAUACCGCCUAGGAGUGUCCGUGCAAGACAACCACGGUCCAUCUUGCGACAACUCGCCCAAGAUCUCACCAGAAGACGAGAACCUCCCGCACGUACCGAUCCAUUCACUCUACGCCCUUACGAAACUGAGAGCUCUGAGGUCACCAGACGCCCCGGAGGGCCACUCGAGCCCUGCCCGGGAUGAUUUUAUCUCCAGAGGCGCCUUACAACUGGAAGACGCCGAGCGUCUUUUCUGCCUCUACCGAGACCGCCUCGAUGCCUUCAUGUACGGGGUUGGGUGCAAGUAUCAACAGCUGGAGGAGCUGAGACGUAAGAGCCCGAUCCUGACCGCGGCAACUUUGACUGUCGCCGCCCUUCACGACCCCCAGUCCAACAGCUUGUACGGCAUUUGCAGCUCAGAAUUCCGCACCCUUACGGAACGAUCCAUGUUUGAUCGCAGAGUGAAUCGUGACUAUCUUCGCGCCAUGUGCGUGGCGUCGUAUUGGCUGAGUGACGUGAGCUGGAUGCUUUCGGGGUACGCGAUACGAAGAGCGGCCGAGUGCAACUUGCACAACAGCUACGCCCGCGCCAUCGAGGAGAAGAGUGAAGAGGCUGCCGAUGGGGCGCGCUUAUGGUACAUCCUCAACAUCUGCGACCAACACCUUGCCACUCUCUAUGGGCGGCCUGCCAUAGUGCAGGAAGACUCUUCAAUGCAACAAUGGGAGAGCUUCCUAAAGUCUCCCGUCUCGACCGAGGAGGACAAGCGCCUGGCAAGUCAGGUAGCCCUUCUUGGAGUAAUCGGCAGCAUCAGGGAGUUAUUCGGCCCUGACAAGGGCCAACCGACCCCGCGGGCCUACGUUCAUCAGAUCACUCACUUCAGCAAACAACUGGACCACUGGAUCAAGCACUGGUCAGAAACUUUGCCAGAACAGUAUCAACACAUCGGCCGCUUCCCUCGAAAGGGGGCAUUGUUACACUUCCAUUUCGCAAAGCUUCACCUCUACUCACACAUCUUUCGAGGCCUCUCGGGCGACAGCCCGAUACCCCAUCACUUCCUCGACUGUGCGGCAUCGGCCAUCUCCGUCGCGACCUCCACGAUCGACUUCAUCAUUACCGAUCCAGAUGUCGCGGCCGGGGUCGUGGGGAUGCCGUCCUACCUGCACUGCAUGACUGCCUUCGCGUGCAUGUUCCUAAUCAAGGUCGCGGUCAAGUACGGCGGAGACCUCGUCGAGCCGCAGCGCGUAUGGGGCCUCACGACUGAUCUCGUACGGCACUUUCGGUCUCUGCCGGCGGGCCGGUGGCAUUUGGCGAACCUCAUGGCGCCGGGCCUCGAGCGUAUGGUUGCGACGCUGAAACCCGGUCAAUCGGGCGAACCUGGUCACCAUCACUCGCACGUCGAGACCGUCAACACUGGGGACCGUCUCAAUACCAACGGCGUCAUCGAUGCUCAGCUUGCGGGUUCGAAUACGGAUGGAACAUUGAUGGGCCCCGAAGGGGAAUUCUUCUUCGACUACGACAUGAGUUUCGGGCUGUCUCCGGUCUUCCAGUUCGACAUGUCGUCCUUGAACACCGAUACUCAGACUAUAACGGGCCAAGAUUUCACCCAAGUCGACUAUCAAACGACAAGGCCUGGAACUUGAUCACGAUCGAGUAUACCUCACUUGAUGUGGAGUUUGAUGGGUCAAAAUGGCAACAGAUGACCGAUGAAACAUUGGCUGACGCAUUUAAUGGCUUUCUACAUUCUUUAUAGACUAAUCAUGUGGAACCUACAUCCCUUGAAUGUUCCUUGGUCUGUAUUCGCUUUCCAGGUAUUGACACUCCUCUUCGGUCAACUUCAGCUUGAGUGCUUCUAUUGUCUCUUUGAUCCUCCUUUCCGAACUCAACCCCACAAUGGGCCAGCAUCCCUUCUGCAACACCCAAGCAGUCGAGACUAGGGCCAUGCUGACGCCCCUCUUCUUCGCAAUCUCUUCGACACGGUUGACGAUAUCAAGAUUGGCGUCCGCGAACCACGCUUGCGUCUUCUUAUCCGUCUGGCUUCUCAGUGAUGUACCCUCGCCCUCGUUGGAGAGGGGCUUUGCGAGCAAGCCGCGCGCAAUGGGCGACCACGGAAUCACUCCGACUCCAGUCGCGCGACAGAAAGGCAGCAUCUCUCGCUCUUCCUCGCGGUACAGCAAGUUGUAGAACGGCUGCAUCGAGAUGAACUCGGUCCAGCCGUGUGACCGGGCGAUGUACUGCAGGCGGGAGAACUCCCACGUGUACAUAGACGAUGCUCCGAUAUAGCGGACUUUACCGGACUGUACAACGUCGUGCAGGGCUCUCAUGAUCUCUUCGGGCGGCGUUUCUCGGUCAAGGCGGUGGAUCUGGAGGACAUCGAUGUAAUCCGUCCCGAGCCGCUCCAAGCACUUGUCGACAGCGUGAAAGACGUGCUUUCUGCUCAGACCCAUCUGGUUGACCAGCGGUCCGUCAUUGACACUGGCGGGCCGGGACUCAUCGUCCAUGACCGGGUUAAAGAUCUUGGAGAGGAUCACGACCUUCUGCCGCGGGAUGUUGAAUUUCUUGAGCGCUUUGCCGAUGAUGACCUCAGACUGUCCGUUCGAGUACGUGUCGGCCGUGUCCCAGGUGUUGAUGCCGUUGUCGUACGCGGCCUUGAGCAGUUGCAGCCCCUCUUCCUCGUCGAGAACCCAUGGUGAGCCUUCCCACUUGGACGAACCAAAGGUCAUGCACCCCAGGAUGAUCUUGGAGAUCUUGAGGCCAGUAUUUCCGAGUCUAGUUUAGGGCUGUUAGGAUCAAGAAAAUUUGGGAGUGCACGAGGGACGUUCUCUGUGCAAGGCACGCUGCGUACGACUGUUGAAAGGUUCUGCGAUGAUUGAACUUACCUGACGUAUUCCAUUUUGAAGUUGCUAUUACCUUUGAGUUGAGUUACAGAUACAGUAAAGUCACCCGUAGUAAAAGAUUACCAUUACUAGACUCUGCCCAUUUUCGAGGUUUUUGUUUGCAUCGUCACG